AUGUUUACGCUUGUCGAGGCACGACACCUCUCACUAUUUAUAGACUUGGAUGACUUAUUAGGAUACAGUUGGGGAGCAGCUGUGUUGGUUACUCUUUAUAGAUAUCUCGGAGAUGCUUCCAUGUUCAGUUGUAAGAAGCUUGGUGGUUAUCCGACUUUCCUACAUUGCUGGAUUCAUGAGUAUUUUCCAACACUUGGAAAAAGAAGAGAGAACUGGAUACCAGCUAAUAAUGUGAGUCUCCCUCGAGCGAUGAGAUGGUCCUAUAGGCAAGGUUCCUUGAAGGUGGAUGACUUGCGACCUAUUCUGGAUGAGCUGACACCUGUCGAUGUCAUAUGGCGCCCAUUCGAGAAUCAUAGAGUAUGGCGUCAGUUUGAUGAGUUAUGUCUCUAUAGGGGGUGUCUGAGGUGGGGUGACACUAUUGUUCCAUACUUGCCUGACAGAUGUAUGCGUCAGUUUGGAUACAGGCAGUAUGUUCCACAUCCAUCUCUUAAUUCUCGAAUGGCUGGUGAUAUUGAUGUUGACUGGAUUAGUUACCAUCAGAGCGUUCAGGAUGUGAUUCGUCCGACAGCACCAGCCACCACCCCAUAUGAGACAGAUGAUGGGUAUCUUGAGUGGUAUUAUCGUGUUUCACAUCCUCGUCUGAUACCGCCCAAUGUUGAUGUGACAACAGAGAUUCCAGUUCUUGUAUAUGAAGCAGGACCAUCUGAUCCUAUAGUCGCUCGUAUGUCUUCAUUGAUUCAUCGUUAUCUUCAACAGGCUGGUGCUGAAGAGGAUGACCCACAAUUUGCUGAUUUGUUCGAAGCUUUACAUCUUGGUCGAUCACAGUGA